AUGCCUGACCUUCUGUUUCACCAAUCUCCGGCCACAAUCACUACAACAUGUCUAAUCAGGAGCUCUUUCUAUUCUGACCUAAGAUUAAAAUUAGCUUCGGUUCCGUCCCGUCAAUUCAUCGCCACCGCGCCGUCGUGGCCGCAACAAUUUGCUGCCGGCGAUAGAAGUAGCUGCCGGAAAUGUAGGGUGGUGAAGUGUAUGGCGAAUCCGCGGAGAGUCAAAAUGGUGGCUAAUCAAAUCAGGAGGGAGAUUUCGGACAUGUUGUUAACCGAUAAGGUUUUGCAGUAUGCGGUCUUGCCUGAAGCUGCCUUAGGCGCCGACCGUUAUCUUUCGUCGCUCACCACUAUUAGUGACGUUGAAGUCUCCGCUGAUUUGCAGGUUGUGAAAGUCUAUGUGUCUGUCUUUGGCGAUGAAAGAGGAAAGGAGGUUGCAAUCUCUGGAUUGAAAUCAAAAGCAAAAUAUGUCCGGAGUGAGCUGGGAAGGCGCAUGAAACUGAGGCUGACCCCCGAGAUUCGUUUUUUUGAAGACGAGUCUCAAGAGCGAGGAAGCAGGGUUAUUGCGAUAUUAGACAAACUGAAGCAAGAGAACGAGGAAAAGCAAGCAAGAUUUCAAGGGAAUGAUAAAAAAGAUGAAGAUGGCGAAGACUGGGCUGAUGAUGGUGAUGACCCCAGUGACGAUGGAAUUAUUUAUGUCGACUAG